AUGAGCGACUGGGACCCGAUGAAUUACCUGCACGAGGAGCCAACCCCGCAGUGCUUGCACAGAGUGAAGGAGGACAUCGCCAAAUUCAGCGCGCAGUCACCAGCCCGGCUUUUCAUCUCUCCCGAGGAAAAUGACAUCACCCGAGUCCAUGUGCUGAUGCUCGGAGAGACCGGUUCGCCGUACGAAGGCGGAUUUUUCCAGUUCUUCGUAAAGUUCCCGUCUAACUACCCUCUGAGCCCUCCUCGCGUACGGUUCCUUACCACGGACGGCGGUAGGGUUUACUUCCACACAUACCUCUACCCCUGCGGGAAGGUCUGUGUGGCCGCCUUGGGCACUGGAGGUGGACGAUGUGACUGGAGCCCCACGCAAUCACUGUCGAGUACGCUCGUCUCUAUCCAGUCGCUGGUGGGCGACAGCGUGUUCGAUUGCGCGAAGAUCCAGUACGAGACGAUCAGGGUGGCCGUGUGUGACCAAGUGGACGCAGCCCUCAGGGAGGACGACAUGUGCCCGCCAGCCUUCAGGAAGAUCAUACUUGAGUCUUUCCUCGAGUCGUACGGCAAUUACGAAGCUGUCAUCAGGCCGCGACUCCAGACGACCAGGGCACUCGCGGAACUGUUCACGUCCUGCGCCUACAGGAUCGCGGACUACAAGGCGCUGCUGACACGACUACAGGGUCUCAAGGAAAAGGUAGAGAAAGAGAAAAAGGCUGAAGCUGCUGCAGCGGCCACUGCUGCAGAGAACGAAAACUAG